AUGUAUUCCGACAAUAUUGGUCAAUGCUCCGCCGGCACAUUGCCUGUGGCAUGGGUUGAUGAAGGCCCCGGGCCCCCAGCCUGUCCCAUUUCAUGUGAAAAGUUAAAGUCAAGCAUAGUUAAUAAUUUUAAUACAAAAUCUAACAAUAAUAACAGUAAUUUAAUAAAUAAUUAUAAAGUAAAUAUUAAGACACCUGCUGAAAACCAUCACGAAAGCGGGAAAAUGCUGAAAGCGCGUCGUGACUUGAACUCCUGGAAGGGCAACGACAGCACUGAAUACUCCUAUGCAGAUCAAAGCAUGGUUGGUACAGGAAUUGCAGAAAGGUCUAGAAAAAAUAUGGUGAACAUAGCAUCUGCUUCCUUAGUUCAAACGAAACCUUACCGAGCUCAACAGAACGAUAACACGGUAUAUGCACUCGCCCUUAAACCCGGCAGCCAACAGCACCAGGUCAGCAAUAACGUUGUAAAAUCGAAUAAAAAUCAGGCUGAAUCUAGAACGCCUAAUGACCCUUCUGGUAAUAUCAAUGGUGGAUCGAAAUCCGAAAGCAACGCUCGCCGCAUAUAUAACAACAAGCAAAAGAAACAGCCACUACAACAACAAAACCAACAGAAAGAACAACAGUGCCUUGAUUACUUGGGCGAUACGGAGGAGACGAGUCCGGUGCAUUUGUGUACAUUCAAAUCGCCUGCCGAAUUGGCGGCUCAGCUACGUUCACUACGUUUACGCCAUUGCUGCGAGCGUAAUGUAUUCAGCGCUCUUCACACAGUCGCCUUAAAUGCAACGCUAAGUGGCGGCGUGGAGUGUGUUCGCAUUCUUAUGGAUAUCAUGGACUUAGAUCUACUGGCCACCCGGAUCACUUGCGAACUGGCAGAAAUACUUUUUCGUUUCGAUUGCCGGCAGGUGUAUUCACUGAUUCAUCAGUGUGGUGAUUGUAAGGAGGCUUACCGACGUUGGGUUUGUAGUACUUUGGUACCGUAUUUUGCUGAGGAACGCGACAUUUAUGUAUCCCCAAGCGAAAAUAAUAACAAUAAUCGUAACAGCAUUAAAACCGACAACCGAAGUAGCAAAACAAGGACAAAAAAUAGUUAUAGAACGAUAAAUAACGACAUUAUCAGCAAUCAAACUGGACGAUUUUUUCCUGAUGAAAACGGCAAUAAUGAAUUACCCAGUUCUAAUGAGGAGGCAACGAAACGAACCAAACGCCAACUCACACAAAAUAAAACAGUUUUGAAUCCUUCCCUGCAUGAUAGCGACGUACCGCCCGCCAGCAAUACGUCAGCAACCUUAAAUCGAAGUAAACGCAAUCUGGAUGACAGAUGCAAUCGACAAAAACAACACCAGGAGUGGCAGCAGUGGCAACAAAAACUUACAAAACAAUCGAAACAAUCCAAUAUCUUCAUAUCGACUGCCAAUAAUGCGGAUCCAUGUACUGAGGAUCCAGUGAUAUCAAAAAUAAUUAAACGAUCCAAACGAAAGGUGCAAUUUCGGAAGCGAAGAAGAAUACGACCCUGCCUAAGAGUCUGCCAAACUGUAGAGCAGAAGUGCCCUUAUCUGCUUCCAGCUGAUCGAGCUCCAGCGCUGCCAACACAAUAUGCUGGUGAACCAACAUUCCUUUGCUUGGAUCAAAGCAUACCAGAAACCGGCGAACAAUUGCGUAAAUCGAGCUAUGGACCCGCGGAAUGCUGCUAUAGCUAUUGCAAUAACAUUGCGGAAGGGAUUUGUGCCUACUGCAGUGAUUUCGUACAAGACGCAAUAGAUGUGAGCGCUUCGGUCGGAAAUUCAGCAAGACGCUUGCACAAUAUUACUCUAACGGCAACGAGUCAGUACCGACUGGAUGCUCGUUUAGAAGCAUCAUUGGCAAAUGACUCGGCGAAUAAACUUGCAGCUAGUAUAUCAAUUGCACUAAGUAAUAGCUCCGAAACAGCCGUGGGCGGUCAAAUCGAUCGCUUGCCAUACUAUGCUGUGUAUGAUGGUAUCUAUUAUUAUGAUGAAGACGUGGCCGAUAUGCCUGAAACAGCCAUGUCAGACGAUUGCCCACCUGUACCGUCGGUGACAAGUCGCUGUUCCAUACCGUACUACGCGUCCUCUUCGGUGGCUCUCCGCACACUACAAAAGAGAGUACCAAACGACAGGAUUGGCCACCACAUGUUACUGCUAUUCAGUGCAUUGCUCUGCUUCUUGACCAGUCAAAACGCUGCAGCACAGUUGAAAAAUCAGACGCACCCAAAUCAAAAGCAACUUCGAAAAUAUGUGAACCAUAGAUCGAAGCCUGAGAAUGAAAGUAGAUUGUCAUCGCAGACCCUGCACAAAUAUUACACAGCCGUUUAUGUGCUAAAAGAAACUAGUUACCAGGUACUGCACGGAAGCGAUUGCCUAAAACAAGUGAAAAGUGCAGGAGAACUUGCAAUCGAACGAAGAGCUAAGAAAAGCUUGAAAAGCAUCGCUCCUACUGCAAACCAAUUUGCGCCCACCUCCUUUCCUACAUCUACGGUGUGCUCGUACUUCAGUAAAGGUAUUUACGAAGGUGAUUGCAUCCGUCAUUACGCUCACGAAAAUGACGGACGCGUACAUUGUUGCGUAGAGAAACAUUUUAGCCGAAGUAGGAAACAAAAUAAAAACAAGAACAUGAAAGGAAGCCAAAACCAGAUUGCGAAUCGAAAUCGAAGUAGGCUCUUGUUCGAAGAUGAAAUUGAAAAUUUUAUAGUGAAUAAGGAAGGAAAUGCGAUUAGCCAACUAUGUAGUGAAUUAAAGAGAAUACAUAAAAAAGAUGUUAGUAAUACUGGGUAUUGUGGCUCCGUUAGGUAUAAACACGUUCAGAUGAAUAUAGGAAAUAAUAAGAAAAUUACUUAUAGAUUAAAUAGUAAAUUGUAUUUUAAUAGUAAUACUAAAAUCUAUCGUAGGAAAAAAUGUAGUAAAUUUAUAAAUUUUAAUAUUGCUACUAUCACUGACUGUAGUAAAAAUCGUAAUGGAGUAAAUGAAACAACAAAACAAAAUUCCAAUACAAACACAUAUUUAAGUUUUAUAGAACGGAAAAGAAAUGUCAGUUCAUUUAUUAUUAUAAUUUUAAUAUUAAUGAUUGGUGGCGACGAUGGUGGUGGUUUCCAAUGA